AUACUUCUUUCUUCCUUUUCUGAUCUCAAGAUUCAAGAUUUGAAGAAAAUGAUUCGACAUAUCUUAUUAGUUUCCUUGCUAAUCCAUUGCACUUUAGCUCAACCAAAAGGUGGAAAGCCUAUUUCUCCUCCUCUUCCUAAGAGAACAUGGUUAACAUUACAUGGUGAUGAGCCAGUAGUCGUCGCGAAUGGGGGAUAUUCGGGACUUCUUCCCGCGCAAACAGAUACUGCAUUUUCUCAAGCAAAUGCAUUAGGAAAGCGCGGUACUGUCUUGUUAUGUGAUCUCCAUAUGAGUCGCGACGGACUGGGCUUUUGUUUGUCACAGUUAAACAUUCAGAAUACAACAAAUGCAGCUGAUGCUUUUCCGAAUCGUCGAAAAACUUACAUUGUUAAUGGCAAAGAAAUUCAAGGAUGGUUUGCAUUGGAUUUUAUAGCUGAUGAGCUUUAUAGUAAAUUGCAAGUGACACAAUCAAUAUUCAGCAGAACAGAUUUAUUUGAUUUUUCACCACCAACUCCAACAGACUUAUUUUUAGAAGAUAACAUGAAGUCUCUAGUGUGGAUCAAUGCCGAGUACGCAACAUUCUACAGCCAACACAAGUUGAGUUUAUUGGAUCAUAUUAAACAACUUUUGGAGAUAAAGAAGGAUAUCUCUUACAUAUCAUCUCCAGAGAUCGGUUUCUUGAAGAGCAUGGGAGCAGUCGUGCGCGGUUUAAGAACAAAGUUGAUGUUCAAGUUUCCUGCUGAUACAAAUGCAGUUGAACCUACAACAAAUGAAACAUAUGCUUCACUAUUAACAAAGCUCUCUAUGAUCAAGACUUUUGCUGCGGGGAUUGUUGUGCCUAGAGAAUACAUAUGGCCCGUCAGUAAAGCUCGCUAUUUAGAGCCCAGUACUAAUCUAGUCGCCGAUGCUCAUAAACUAGGCCUUGAAGUUUUCUCAUAUGGAUUUGCAAAUGACAACUAUUUGCCUUACAAUUAUACCUAUGAUCCACAAAGAGAGUAUCUGCAAUUCGUUGACAACUCGUUGUUUGCUGUUGAUGGUGUGAUCACGGAUUUCACUAUGUCUGCAUCGAUGGCAAUUGCUUGCUUGGCAGGAACUCGGAACGCUUCCAGGAAAGUCCCUACUCUGAUCAUUUCUUCAAAUGGAGCAAAUGGAGAUUAUCCAGGAGCCACAGAUCUUGCCUAUCAGAAAGCAGUAGAUGAUGGUGUUGACAUAAUCGAUUGUUCUGUUCAAAUGACAAAAGAUGGUGUCGCGCUUUGUUUGCCUUCAAUUGAUCUCACGCCAUCCACUACAGCAGCGGGACCUUUCAUGAGUCGAGCAGCUAAGGUCGACCCCAUUCAAUCUGCCAUGGGAAUUUUCUCUUUCGACCUUACAUGGGAGGAAAUUCAGUCAUUAAAACCUCAAAUGUCCGGUGGAUUUAAUGGUGAAUUGGCAAGGGAUCCAGCGCGCAAAAAUGUGGGCAAGUUUGUAACGCUCUCAGAUUUCUUGGAAUUCGCCAAGGCAAAAGCAGUUCCUGGUGUUCUGAUCAACAUUGAAAAUGCUGCAUAUCUUGCAUCAAACAAAGGUCUUGACAUUGUUGGCACCGUCACAACUGCUUUGAGCAAUGCGACACUUGAUAAGAACUCGACUCAGAAAGUUCUGAUCAUGUCAAGUGAAAGUUCAGUGCUGGACAAAUUCAAAGCUAUCCCGACUUACCAAAGAGUACUUCACAUUAAGGAACAAGUGGGAUUUGUAACGAACGAGACAGCAUUGGAAGUCAAAAAGUACGCGGACGCAGUACUUUUACACAAGCAUUCAAUAUAUUCAGAAUUUCGCCAGGAGGGUCUCACUUUCAACCUCACCAACCUUAUUUCUUGUUUGCAUUGGGCUAAUGUCAGCGUCUACGCUGCAAAUGUUCUAAAUGAAUUCCAAGAUAUUUUCAUGGAUUUUGGCUCUGAUCCUUAUCUUCUGAUUCAUAACCUUAUUAACUAUGGCGCGGAUGGAAUUGUCACUCAGUAUCCAAGCACUGCAAGUGCAUACAGCAGAAACUUGUGCACUGGUAAUCCGGACGCGUAUAAGAUACAAGACUUAAAUCCAGGGGAUGUGAUAGCAGUUAUGCUUGAUCCAAAAGAAGUAGCAGAGUACAAGCCGCCUCCGCUCGUGCACUUUGAGACUAAGAACUUUGUCACUCCACCACUACCUCCUGUAGCUGAUAUUGCCAAGGAUGACGGCGGUUCUACCUCCAACUCCACGUCCAAUGCCAACACGACCGACGCUCCUUCACCUUCACCUCCACCUCCUCCUGCACAAGCCGCGAGUAGCGCAACAGCUCCCACAAUUAAUGGUGCUGCUCUCUUCUUUGCAACCAUGCUCGGACUAGUAUACUAUAAAAUUUAGGAUUUGUUUCUAUUUUUAGCAUAAUAAAAGGUAUAUAGUAGGAAUUCAACAACUUAUAUAUAACCGAAAAAAUUCUCUUUUACUUAUUUUCACAUUGUAAUUUUACUCGUUGGCUCUACAUAGCUCCGCACUAACAGGUUGAUUGUCUUCAUCUCGGAUUUAACGAGCGAAUUUAAUUCGGUAUCAUGUAAUCUAAUUAGUUAUUUUUUUUAUGUGUUAUAUUUAUAUAAUUAAUUCUUUUGCUAAAAAGGAGUCAUAAUUUUGAAUAAGACAAGUGGUUCAUGUA